UACGAGUAUGGGAGCUCUGGUGAAUCUCAUGUUUGCAGAUUGCUAAAACGUUUCAACCCAUCCUUCGACCUCAACCCCAAAGGUUGCCACACUUCCCGCACGCGUACGAGGUUGCGCUUCUUCGGCGAACGUCCAUGGUGGCCAUUGACAUUCGACUACCUCGCUUUCAUUGUCUCGAGUGCUCCUUCCAAAGCUUCACGCCUUCGCGCUUCUGCACGUAUAACAUCACCUAAUAACAAACCUGCCUCAGCCAGUAACCAUGUUUCGCGUCCCGUCCUCCUCCUCUCCGCCCUCGACUCCUGGUUAUCGCUAUUCAACCAACGAUGCGCCUUCCACAACCCCAGCUGGACCACCCCCCGGCCGAUCUUUCAUCACUUCCUCGACACCUGCAGGCCCACCCCCCAACGAUCUUUUCAGCAACUCUCACUUCAACAUGUCACAGCCUGGGACUUUUGGUUUCAAUAGGUCCGCAUUGAACAGUUCGCCGCCCAAGAAUGAGUUUUCUGGCGUUGGAAGUGGACUUUUCGGCGUCCCUACUUCAGCUCGACCUGGAUCGCAACGCGGGCGACCGGGCUUUCGCGUACCAAGCAGCUCCCCUCAACACGGAGACGAAGACAGUGACAUAGAUGCAGAGGGUUCGGAAGAAUAUGAUGAGGAAAUGGACGAGGAAGAGGAUGCCAGUGGGUCAGAUGAAGAUAUGGACGAUGAAGAGGAUGAGGAGGAUGAGGAAGAAUACGACGACGAGCGCGAUGACACUUUCGCCCAGAGCCGCAAUCGGAACACUAGGUUUUCCCAAUCCGUCACCUCACAAGAUGGCGCAUCGGUGUUGGGCAACACGCCUAUCGUACAACCAGGAGCGCGGCAAACACAAUACGACUUGCUCAGUAUAGCGAAAGGACUUACUCCAAACCUGGACCGUACGACCGCACUUCGUGAAUCUGGCGAUGUGAUACUCGAAACAGAGCGCCUCCUCUCUAGAUUACAUGACUCGGUAACCGCUGAUACACCGGAAAAGAGAGCCCACGUCAUUGAGGAGGUCGCACAGGAGCUUUUGGCCGUAUGGAAGUCGUCUUCACAAACCUCGAAGGGGACCUCUUCCUCUGGUCGAAAAUCAGAUGCACCAGCACUUGCAAGUGUGAACAAAAUAGCAAAUCUACUUCUCAACCUCCAUCAUCCUGGCCAUAUCGCCGAGAAGCUACGCGGAUCACUCUUCUCGUUGGUGCCUUCUCGUCCUGAAGCUCGCCAUUUCACUCCUAUACCGCUGGCCCUCAUGACCUGGUUAAACACUUACCAUAAUACAGCUUCUGAAGUACCAUUCGUUUUACGAGAGACUCAGGGCUAUUCCGCCAGUGAGAGAUUCUGGGAUGCUGUCCAAGCUUCAGUCCUUCGUGGCAACUUCCUCGAUACCUUGAAACUACUCAAGGGUGCCAACUUUGCCGUGGCAGAAACAGCCAGUCAAGAUGGUCUUGGUGAAUAUGGCUACACUGGAAGACAUUUACACAACACGAAUAUAGUGGUGCGAGCAAUGAUCGAAACCCUUGAACGCUGCCCGGUGGUCGCUUCUGAUGAUUGGGACAUCAAAGGACAGGAAUGGUCCGUAUUCCGGCAAAUCGCUCAACGCUCCGCCAUCAGCUUGCAGGAAUUUGCCGAGGGGGACAGCCAGAAUAGUUAUGAUGCUUCACAAUCGUUCCAGGCCUCUCAUUUUGGAAUAUCGCAGUCUCAGAAUAGCUUCGGCUUGAGUCAAGCAAGUCGAAAGGCCGAAAGCACAGUUCCCUGGACAGUUUACGACAAUCUACGGAAACUCUACAACCAGCUUCUCGGUAGCGAAGAGGAGAUAAUGUCAAUGUCCAUGGACUGGAUAGAGGCUGUCAUUUGUCUCACCGUGUGGUGGAACGGAGAGGAUGAGGAGCCUCUCGGUGGAAGCCUAGCUGCCAGUCGUCGCUCGUUAGCUCGUUCUCAUAGAGUACGAGAUGUCGAUGUCACUCCCGUCAAGGCGUAUUGCCGACGCUUGAGUGCGGCACUUAACACUGUCAUUGAAAGCAACGAGGAGGAUCUGAGCAUAAAUACGACAGACCGAUACGAGGUUGGGUUGGCCUGCAUCGUGGACGACAAUAUCGAAGGUGUCCUGCAGAUUCUACGAGGCUGGUCACUUCCUUGCGCCGCAGCUGUCGCUGAGGUAGCUAGUGCUGGUGACUGGUUUCGUCGAGCAGAUGGUCUGCUUGAUCAGUUCGAUCAGAGCGAUCUUAUGGUUCUAAGCUACAACGAAAAUCAAAGAAGGGGAGUAUCCAAAGACGAUCUACUCGUAGCUUACUCGGAUUACCUCGCGACUCAGCCAAAUCUUACUAGCCAGGAUGGCAAGACUUCUCGAGAAGGCUGGGAGCUCGCGGUCCAAGUACUCGGCCGACUAGACGACCUCAUCACAUCUAACGAGAAGAUUCAAGACAUACUGAACAACCUCAGUCUCAAUUCAACAGAUCGGGUGGACAAGAUCACUCGUCUAUGCUACGAUAUGGGCAUUCCUGACCACGCGCGAAGCAUUGCAUUGAAAUAUGCCGAUCACCUUCGCAGUAGCACGCAGAACUACGGUGACACUCUGCUUUACUAUGCGCGCGCCCACAAUGCACAGAAGAUCCAAGAGGUUCUGCGCGUGCUAGUGGCCCAUUGUCUUGUCAAAUCCGUCGCCUAUCCUCCCCUGGCCGAGCUUGAUCGUUCGUUGUCAACUCUAAUCGCUUCACCGAAAGCUACACUAACAGAACUUGCAACGUAUGACCCUGAGGGAGCACAGCUUCUAUCGAAUUAUCUCGCUGGUUAUGCGACAAUUCGCAGAUUCUACGACCUACGGGAUGAGGAAAUCCUGCUCCAGGCCAACGAGAAGCCCUCACAUCGUCCAAUGGCAAGGAAACGCGCAGCGGCUAAUGCGCUGGUCGUCAUCAUCCAAAGUGCAGCAUCCAGCGUGCGCGGCGGUCUCUACGAUCCUGAGGUGGAAACCGUAGUCCAAGUCGACGUACUCCUUUGCCUCCUCGGCGAAGCCCUCAUCUUCGUGAACCAACCCAAGCGAACACUCACCCUCCCCCACCUAUACACCCUCCUCGCCGCGGUAGAAGACCUCGACACAGCCCCCAGCAUGAUCCGCGCACAGUGCGAGGAAGUGUUAUCAACGACCCUCGCCGCCGCCCACGGCGAUGCCGCCAAGGUCCCCUCACCAACAUCCCUCCUCCAGAAAUCAACAAGCAACCUCACAACCGCGUCCAGCCAGUACUCUCUGAUCGGCAGCACAGAAUUCGGCUCCGCGACGGACAGGUCUACUGACAGCAGCGCCGUCCUCGUCCGAGGAACCGCCCCAGGGUCGGUAUCGCAACAUGCAGAAAAGGACACAGCCAAGAGGGCAUGGGAUUGGCGCAAAGGCUUCGGAAAGGACUCUCAGGGGAGCGAUGUCAUUAGGGUGCUGAGGCUAGGCAUCGCGAAGGAACUCGCGACGGCUUUCGUUCAGGGCAAGAAUUGAAGCAUAAGGCGGGAGUCAGAAUGCCAUCAAUUUCAGAGCUAGUGAUAUAAAUCAAAAUAGAGAGUGUUUCUUUUGGAGGGGGCAGGUUUACAAUUAAACCAAUUGAACCCUUACAAACAAAAUCGUACGUAUUCUUUUGGUAAUGUAGGAUAGAUGCAUAGUGUAUAGAAUUAGUCGUAGUUAGCAACAGCAAAAUUAUAGCCUGGC